AUGACUUGCACCCAUUGUCGCCUCUUCCGUUUUCCUCACUUUUGGCACGGGUUUCCAGUGUCAACGACGCAUUCCCUCAUUGGAGGACUUGUAGGUGCCGCAACAGCCUCUGUCGGCAUCGAGAAGAUCAAUUGGUCCAUUCGGGGCGUUUCGCAGGUUUUUGCUGCUUGGGUCAUUGCGCCAGGAAUCUCGGGCACCAUAGGCGCCUGCCUCUUCCUUUUCACCAAGCACAUUAUCCUGACAAAGCAGAAUGCGCCGCGGAAAGCAUUCUACACGAUUCCCGUCUACACCUUUGUCACGAUAGGUGCUAUCACGAUGCUUAUAUCCUGGAAAGGGGUGCAAACCCGUGUCGACCUCACGACAAAGCAAAUCCUCAAGACCGUCUUUAUCACUGCUGGCGGAGCCACCUCUCUGCAAGCCUUCUUCCUCCUGCCAUUCAUCUGGCGCAAGGUCAUGAUGGAGGACUGGCAGCUACGCUGGUGGAUGAUCUGGCGUGGCCCAUGGCUGUUGUACAUGCCACUGCCUCCGCCGCCCCCGGCUGGCGUAUCCCGCCUUAACAUCAAAGACUAUUACCGCGGUCACCUCACUGCCGAGGAGCUAGCCUACAUGCGUGCCUCGGAAUCUCUCCUCAGCUCGGUUCAGAUGAGCAGCAACGCCUCGGAACUCGACAAGGACGACGACUGCUCUCAGCGCCACAUACUCCCUCCGCCCGCCCUUCCCCUACCGCUACCGGGCAGCCCUCCCCCGAACCACAACGAACUCAGGCGCGCUCGCACCGCCAAUGACGAGCUCAUCCCGCCACGGCCGCCGGGGCCCUGGAACUCGCUCCGCGUCAUCGGCUGGCGCGUCAACCGCGUCCUCCUCCGCGGUCUCGAGAAGGACGUCAUCGCCAUGCAGCAGCGCAAGUCCAUCCUGACGUGGCACAUUGAGGACAUGCACGCCCGCGCCGCGCACUACGACAACCGCGCCGAGUACAUGUACUCGGCCCUCCAGAUCCUCACGGCCUCGGCGGCGAGCUUUAUCCACGGCGCCCACGACGUCAGCAACUCGAUCGGCCCGUUCACGACGGCGUGGUACGUCUGGCGCACCGGCGAGGUGCCGGAUAAGGUGGGCGUCCCGAUCUGGAUCCUGGCGUUCGGCGGCGCGGCCAUUGUGCUGGGUCUCUUGACCUAUGGGUACCACGUCAUGCGCAACCUCGGCAACAGGCUGACCCUCAUCUCGCCGAGUCGAGGGUUCUGCAUGGAGCUCGCGAGUGCCGUUACGGUGCUGAUUGCCACGCGGCUGAGGCUGCCCAUAUCCACGACGCAAUCCAUCGCCGGCGCAACGGUGGGCGUCGGACUCGCGAAUGGAGACUGGCGAUGCAUCAACCCACGUCUUGUUGCGUGGAUCUACUUUGGGUGGGCGGUGACCGUUCCUGUGACUGCUCUGAUGAGUGGGUGUCUCAUGGCGUUGAUAUUGAAUGCCCCCCGCAUGACGCCGGCGACGUGA